UUCGAAAAGAAAAAUACAUGAAUAAGAGGACCGAGGAGAAAUGAGCUGAGCCGAGCCCUUGUUUGAUCUGUGGACGUUUGGUUCGGAUUUAAUUUCUGAACGAAAUUGAAAAUAAAAAUGCCUAGGUCUCAUCUGUUGUUUCCAAUUCUGGCCGUUUCCGUAGCUUUCCUUGCUUUCUUCCUUCGCCAAUAUUCACUACGACAACAACAAAUACUGAAGCUUUGGAAAAUCGAAGAUUUGGCAAUGUGCAAUGGGACAGAUGCUGAUGGAUCACCUAUACUCUUAGGAAUACUGGGUUCCGUGUUUGACGUAACAAAGGGAAGAUCUCAUUAUGGUCCAGGAGGUGGUUAUCAUCACUUUGCCGGCAGAGAUGCAUCACGUGCAUUUGUUUCAGGAAACUUUACAGGAGAUGGAUUAACAGACUCAUUGCAUGGUCUAUCAAGUGUCGAGGUAAAGAGUGUCGUUGACUGGAGGGAUUUCUACAACAGAAGCUACAUAUAUGCCGGUAAGGUCGUGGGUCGCUACUACGAUAGUCAUGGGGAGCCAACAAAGUAUUUGAAAGGAGUUGAAGCGAAGGCAGCUAGAGGGGCUCAACUUCUGGAAAAACAGAAGAAAGAAGAGGCGAAACUGCCUGAUUGCAAUUCCAGGUGGAGUCAGCAAGAGGGAGGAGAGGUUUGGUGUGAAACAGGGUAUCCAAGAUUAGUCCAGAAACCACUAGAAAUUGCUCUAACCGGAAAAAUGAGGAGACGAUGUGCAUGCUUUAAAGAAGAAGAAUUAGCCCAGCCGGGACUUGAACUCUACCAAGAUUGUGGUUCUCUCUCCAAGGUUUGCCCUGUUAAUUAGCAAAAUUUCUGCUUCCCCAUCAGUGAUCUUUGUACAAAUUUGUCGAUUUAUGAGAUAUAAAUAGUAUACAGUACAUCUAUUUACAUCUGUAUCUUUUUUUGAGCCCUUGUGUGUAUGUAUAAUAGGUUUCUUACUUAUGUUGUGUGGAGGAAAAAUGAGUUAUUUUCUAGAAAGGUGGUGUGUUUAUUUCAAUGACAUCCAAGUCCGAUUAUGAUUAACAGUUGGAUUGGAGAAUUGAUUCUAGUGUUUUGUUUGGCUACUCAGUUCUUUAGAAGAACCCUCGGUUAAAUUUCUAGUUCACACGACUUGA